CAUGUAUCAUACCAUCAGGUUAGGUUAGGUUAAUUUAAUACCGCCAAUAUACCGAUCUACGGCGCACGCGCGUAUAUUCUUACAUACGCGCGAUUUACAAAAAUAAUAUUGCAAUAAGACAUGGAAUUACGAUACUGGAUGCGUUCCAAAUCUUAUUGAGAAAAGACCAUUUUGUUACGUCUAUUGCGUGUUCGAAUCGGUUCGAAUCUCGAAACGUCCACCCGAAGGAGGAUCCAGUCCAGUCUGCCCGCCAGGCACUUGUAUUUUGAAAGUCGAAAAUUGUUUUUCAAAACGUUUCAAAAUAACAAGGAAUGACAAAGGAUUCCUUGCAAUUUGGAUAUCCAUUUUGGGGUUAGAUUAUUAGAGGAAGAAAGAGAGAGAUGCUCUACAGUUCGUAGUGUACUUUUUUGUCAUCACGGCUGUUUAUCUAAAUGAUAUGUUUGCGUGGCUACAAAAACAUGUGAAUUUUAAUAAAUAAUAAUGGCAAUAGAGCGUCAAUGCAGUUAUGAAGAAAUUUUGAAGUGUCAUCCAGAAAUGACACUUGUCUCAAAGUCGCCAGUCACUUGGCAAGGCUAUCUGCUUAUUUCAUCUUUGGUGCACCCUGCUGGUCGUACCUUGUAUCCUAGAGUAUGGGUGAAAUUAGUUGUACCAAAUUUUCCAUCACUCUCCAAUGUACAACUUAGCUUUGGCAAGCACAUUGCUUUCCUGCGGAACAAAGAGUUCAGCAGAGAAGUGAAUGAGACAAUAAAGUCUGUGCAAACAGUAGUGUCAUUCUUAACACGAUUAGAGUCACUUAUUCUUAAAUAUAUGCAACAUACGAGUACUAAAAUUAAUGAAUAUGAUUUUGAAUCUACGAAAGAUUUUCUACAAGAUAUGAAAACAGCUCUUCAAAAGCCUUCUGAUGUACAAUUGUCAUGUGAUCGGAAUCUAAGCACUAUCAAGUUAACUUUAAGAGGAAUAUCUCUUACAUUGCAAAGAUGUAAUAAUGUUGAAGUUCCCUGGAAAGUAGUACCUUCUGACAUAUCUGCUAUUCCAGCAUUUGAAGGCUUUCAAAAUAACUUAACUAAUUUGAGCGUUGCGAUGAACAAAUUCAAAUGGCAAGUGGAAUUAUUGGAAAGAGCAUGGGAGCACUUAAAAGAAAUUGAUGAGAAUUGUUGGGUGAUUGAUCCUCUGGAACCAAAUAAAAGCCAUAUGUACAGAUGUAUUCAUUUGUCGCAAUCCAUAUCUGUGACAAUUACAAUAGAUCCAAUGAAUCCUACUGCUCUGCCGACAAUUAAAUUCUUUGGUAGUGAUAACGAAGUAAAAAGACAAAAGGAUGAUGUUUCCAAUAAUAUUCAUAAUUGGAAUCCAGAUCAUAGUAUUUUAGAAAACCUAAGAAUGUUGUUAAAUAUGUAUGAAUUUCCCGAGCAGCAGGAUAGUUUGGACGAUUCCAAAGGCAUUUUUAGAAAUCGUGAAUGCGGUAUAUGCUUCUUUGAAAAAUCAGAAACCGACGAAUUGCCAAAUAAGAUAUGCAAUAAUGAAAGAUGCAUGAAACAUUUUCAUUCAGCAUGUUUAUCAAGGUGGUUACAGACAAAUGCUGCAAAUCAAGUUGUAUUUGGUCAUAUCCAUGGCAAUUGUCCACAUUGCAAGGAAAACAUUUCCUGUCCCAUUGAAUGAUACAGAGGCAAGUGUGCUGCUGAUCUAAAUCCCGCAAUAAGAUGUAUUCUCGUCAAUUCAGUUUCAUCAUUGACAAUUGCUUUAGCUACAGGAUAAAGCGCUGCUAUUCCUGAGCCAAUACUAAACAUGACAAUCUGCCUAAAACUAUUGUAACAGUAUGUUGAUCCAUGAGAAGGCUUAUUUUUAUUUAUCUACAUUUUACGCACCUGUUAAUUUCAUAUGUGAAAUCUCCAUAAGGUCCUCUGAUAUCAAUUGUACUGCCAAUUAGUGCAUUUUUCAGAAGCAAACUGAAUUCACCAUGUUUAUACAAUUUUAUUAAGAAAACUAAACUUCUGUAUGUCCAAGUAAUUGGGGUAUACGGUCGAGAUUUACUCCAGGAAUGUAGCAUAACAUACUGGCCAGGUGUGAGAUGCAAUCCCACAUUAUUUUCUAUUUUGCAUUCUAUAUAUAAAGUAUUUUUUAUGAUAUAUUCUAUGAUUUUUCAUAUACAAUCAUUGCAUUAAUUUAAGAAUAAAAAUUUUUUAGCUUUCUAAAUUUAGUUAGGUUUGUAUUGUUAACAGUAUUGUACUUAAUAGGUUAUUAUAUUUUUUUAAUAAUUUUUGGAUUAUUGUGCUUUUAUUAAUUAUUUGUAUUACAUUUAAUGUAGUUUAUUACAUUUAUUCUUAAGUUAAUAAAAAUAUAAUACCUGGAUAUUCCAAAGUCAUUAAAAAAUAAUCUUCUGAUGCAUCGGAUAUAUCUGUGAUAACAAAUGCUUUAUAAGAUAAAAGAGAUAAUAA